AUGUUGUCUACUCAGCUUCACCACAGCCAAGCCUCAAGGCAGGCCGCAAAGACUGUAGCUUUCGGCCUUGCUCGAGCUACAUCCUCCUCAUCCAUUGCAAGAGCCCCCGCUGUUCUUCGAGUCGGCUGCGCUGCUUCCCAGCAACAGCGACUCUUCUCUUCAACACCAACCAAUCAACUUCGUGACUUCUUCCCUGUCAAGGAGACUCCUCACAUCCAGACAACCAGACCAGCAUGGCCACACGAGGGCUACACGUACGACGAAAUGACGGCUGUCGAACCUGCCCACCGACCACCUCAGACAGUCGGUGACCACACAGCCUGGAGAAUUGUUCGCCUGGCCAGAUAUUGUAUGGACAAGGCCACAGGAAUGGACCGCGAUCAGAAGUCGGACAGAAAGAAGCCAACCACAGCCAUCGCGGCUCAGAAACCACUUACAGAGGCUCAAUGGUCUAACAUAUCAAAGUUGAUUCGAUUCAUCUUCCUUGAAAGUGUUGCCGGAGUUCCAGGCAUGGUCGGAGGCAUGCUGCGACAUCUCGGCAGUCUUCGACGCAUGAAGCGAGACAACGGCUGGAUCGAAACACUCCUCGAGGAGAGCUACAACGAGCGAAUGCAUCUCCUUACAUUCAUGAAGAUGUGCGAGCCUGGCUGGUUCAUGAAGACAAUGAUCAUCGGGGCUCAAGGUGUAUUCUUCAACAGCCUGUUCGUUUCUUACCUCAUUUCGCCCAAGAUCGUCCACCGAUUCGUCGGCUACCUUGAGGAAGAGGCUGUUCACACAUAUACUCGGUGUAUCAAGGAGAUUGAGGACGGCAACCUCCCUAGGUGGACUGACCCCAAGUUUCAGAUUCCUGAUAUUGCCAUUCAGUACUGGAAGAUGCCUGAGGAACAUCGCACGAUGAAGGACUUGAUCCUCUACAUCAGAGCCGAUGAAGCAACACACCGAGGAGUCAACCACACACUCGGUAACCUUAACCAAAAUGAGGACCCGAACCCAUUCGUCAGCGAGUUUAAGGAUCGCGAGGUACCCAAGCCUGCGCUGAAGCCCACAGGCUAUGACCGAGCCGAUGUCAUCUAA